AUGACCGGGGUGUGGAACAAGCUGACUUCCCAUAUAGGUAGGCCGCGGUAAGCUCGUCGUAUUUCCCAUUACAGGCUCCAUUUUCCACGAAAACAAACGAGAAACCGCGACGUUACGGCCGUCCACUUCCUUAUCUACAUUGAAUCAAAAGAACCUCAAGGUCAUAAGACCGUCCAAGUCCUCAGAAAACCUCUACAAAGUCAACGAUCCCACCCAGAAUGGUCGCAAGAACAAGACCUGGAAGAAGCUGUCGUCGGCCAAACUCUUUCACUUUCGGAAUCGGCCGCCGAAAACCGAAAAUGGAGGUAUGUUUUUGUUUUUUAACAAAACAAUGAAAGGGCUUACAGUUUUUAAUAUAAACGAUUAAUUUUUAAAAAUAACAGUAAGAGUUGAGAGCAGCUCGCAGAAUAUUGCGGGCGCUGGCCGCGGAACGCUGUGUAUUUGUAAUCUUCAUAAGGUGAAAUUCAAACAUUAAGAUUUUGUUUUGACAGAAAGUAUGUUAUAUUUGUACACCAAUCACCGUGAUAUGUUUUGUUUCAGAAACCGAGAGUUCAUCCAUCAAGCCUGGCGGUUUCCCUCUGGCAUUAUCGGCCUCGUGGCAUUCCAAUUUGGCAGAGUCGUGUGCCAAGGUCUCCAGAGGCCGUGACACGCACGGUUAUCUACAAAAAUCCACAGAUUAUUCGGACGAAACGGCACGGCAACGGCCCAAACGUGCCAGAUCGAUCAGUGCCCAAGUGAGGGCGCAGAUCGCGCCGCGCUCCACUACGCCCGGCUUCCGUACUCCACAGCAUUCCUUCAUGCACGUCAAGAAUCGGACGGCCCUCGACGCCCGCUUCCUCGCGCUCAACAUCAACGACGAAGAUAUACAGAUGAGUAACAACGACUUUAUGUACAAAAGACUGGAGACGAUCGGGUCAGGCUCCUAUGCUACAGUAUACAAGACCCAAAACCGACUGAACGGACAGUUCUUUGCUCUAAAAGAGAUCAAGUUGCAACCCCAGGAAGGGCUUCCGUUCACGGCGAUCAGAGAGAUCAGCCUUCUGAAGGGGCUGAAGCACGCCAACAUCAUCCGAUUGUAUCAGAUCGUGCACCAGCCUCAUGCUCUCGUCCUCAUCUUUGAAUACAUGGUAACCUUUGCAAUCUUCGUUGUUUUAAAAUAUUUUAGUUUAACGUAUGUAAUAAUAACAAAACUGUCUAGGGUAACAUUAUGCUUAAUGUAUUUUAGAGGACGGACCUGAGUAAGUACAUGGAGAACUUCAAGAACGGUCUGGACCCGUUCAGGACAAAGAUAUUCCUGUUCCAGCUGCUGCGUGGACUAGCCUUUUGUCACGAAAGGAAGAUACUUCACAGGUAACAGCUCCAAACAUUGGAAACAUUGGUUUAGGGAUCUGAAGCCUCAGAAUCUGUUGGUGUCAGAAGUCGGGGAGCUGAAGUUGGCAGACUUUGGCCUGGCCCGUGCCCAGUCGGUACCGUCCAAGACCUUCUCUCACGACGUCGUCACUUUAUGGUAUCGACCACCAGAUGUCCUACUGGGCUCCACUCAUUACUCCACUUCGCUGGACAUGUGGUACGUUACUUUUGUUUUAACAACUUUGCCUUAGGGGCGUCGGCUGUAUAUUCGGAGAGAUGAUCACGGGACUGGCGCUGUUCCCGGGAGGAAACUGCGUAACCGACCAGCUGGACAGAAUCUUCAGCAUCCGAGGACUGCCAGACAAUGCUGGAUGGCCCGAGGCAAGGUCCCUGCCCAAGUACAAUCAGUACGUGUUCGCUCAGUACUCAGAGUUGGGGUGGGGGCUGGUGGAUGGUCAGUUGGACGAUGUGGAAGAUAAUGGCACAGGCUUAUUGUCCGCGUUCCUGAUGGUACGUGGUUAGAUAGUGUAUUAUAUAAAAGUAUAAUCACCUAGUUCACAAUUACACCUGAUAUAUACCCAUGUACAUUUCUAAAUUACAUUAUGCUUCAGCUGAACCCCAGACAUCGUAUCUCCGCCUACGACGCGAUGCAGCACGAGUACUUUGACUCAUUCCCGGCUACCAUUCACUGUUUGGACCCCGAGGAAUCGGUGUUUAACGCUUUCCACACCAUAAUUUAA